AGGAGAGCUGAGGAAACAACUUAAACUAAAGAGGAUGGAUGCUUCAAACAUGUUCUUUCUUCUGCUGUUCUACCGUUUUCUACCCAAUGUGUUCUCCAUGCAGAUGUGUGACGUGGUGAAUGAAAUUGAACUGGAGAAAGAGCGCUGCGAGAACAGCACCUCUGGGAACGUCACUUCAGGUUGCCAAGGGAUGUGGGAUAUUAUCGCCUGCUGGCCCUCAGCCAAAGUUGGAGAGGUGGUUACAAUCAGCUGCCCCAGUUACUUCAGCUAUUUCAGUGACCAGCAGAAAGGUAACCUCUCCAAAACCUGCACAGCGGACGGCUGGACUGAGAUGCAUGCUGUUGACAUUGCCGUCAACUGUGGGUACAAUCUCAACAGCACCGGUGAUGAUGGAAAGUUCUUCUGGCAAGUGAAGAUUGGCUACACCAUCGGCCACAGUGUCUCCCUUAUCUCCCUUAUCACAGCCAUUGUGAUCCUCUGCAUCUUCAGGAAGCUCCACUGCACCAGGAACUACAUCCACAUGCAUCUGUUUGUGUCAUUCAUCCUGAAGGCCAUCGCCGUGUUCAUUAAGGACGUGGUCCUCUACGAGGUCGGAGAGGUCGACAACUGCUCCUCAGGAUCCAUUGGCUGCAAGGCAGUGAUUGUUUUCUUCCAGUACUGUAUAAUGGCCAGCUUCUUCUGGCUCCUGGUGGAGGGCCUCUAUCUUCAUGCACUUUUGGCUGUCUCUUUCUUCUCUGAGAGGAAGUACUUCUGGGCUUAUAUCCUGAUCGGUUGGGGAGGUCCAACAAUUUUCAUAACAGCUUGGAGCACUGCCAAGGCCUACUAUAAUGAUGUGGGGUGCUGGGAUAUAAUUGAGAACACCGAUGUGUUCUGGUGGAUCAUCAAAACGCCCAUACUAGCAUCGAUCCUGAUGAACUUUAUUCUAUUCAUCUGCAUCAUCCGAAUACUUCGUCAGAAGAUCAACUGCCCAGACAUCGGAAGAAAUGAGUCCAACCAGUACUCGCGAUUGGCAAAAUCGACGCUGCUUUUGAUUCCUCUGUUUGGAAUCAAUUUCAUCGUAUUUGCGUUCAUCCCGGAGCAAGUGAAGACAGAGCUGCGGCUAGUUUUUGACUUGAUCCUGGGGUCAUUUCAGGGCUUUGUGGUGGCAGUUCUGUACUGCUUCCUCAACGGAGAGGUCCAGGGAGAGAUCAAGAGGAAGUGGCGGCGGUGGCACCUGCAGCGAUACAUGGGCUCCGACACCAAAUACCAGCACCCGUCCAUGGGCAGCAACGGCAACAACUUCAGCACCCAGAUCUCCAUGCUGACACGGUGCAGCCCUAAAACCCGCCGAGCCUCAACCUCCUGCCACGAGGACUUGUCUAUUAUAUGA